UUUCGUCUUUGUUUAUAUGAAACCAAAGUCGUUAGAAUGGCCAGUUACUCGGAAUCAUCGGAAAGAUACCAAGACCAAAAUCGCUUGGCUCCGGCGUUUGGGAUUUGCCCAAUUUACAAUACAAUGACAAAAACACCAGAUUUUGGAGUGGAGUCGAGGAAGUUGAAGUUGAAGUUGAAGGAGGGACCAGUCGCCAUUAAUGCGCCAAGCUCAAGCUCGUGGUCGAUUGAACAAACGAGUUUUGUUCAUACUCCUCUGCGCUGGGAUUAUGCUCCUGCUACUGCAUUGUCUGCAGAUAAAUUAAUGUCCUAUGGAUUGCCUUCUGUGAAUCCUCCGAUGUGGGCAUCUAAUUCAGCUCAGGGUUUAGAAAACCCAGAUGUUUCUUACCCCCCUGAGUUCUUGGUCCCCAAGAGCCAUGAAUAUAAUCUUGCAGCAGGGGACUCUGUUUGGUGUGAUUCUGAGAGGCUAAUGGAUGUGCUGGUCAACAGAAACAGAGCCGUCACAGAAAGAAACAACAUGGAAUUACAGAUUCUGUCCAGCAUGUCCGAUGCAGGGUGUCUUCCUUCUUGCUCCUCCUCCUCCUCUUGUGAGACUCAUGGCUGGAGCUACAUAAGCUCUGAGUUGCAUGACAGUCGGCCAUGCAAGCGGGGUCACAUUUUGCAUGCUCCUCAGAGUUUGGAGUUCCAGGGAGGAGGAGACAUUUCAAGGGGAGAUUUCAUUCAAGGGGACAUUUCAAGGGGAGAUUUCAUGAACCAGAAUGAUUUGAGAUUGGUGAAGCAGAGCCAUAGCCCAAUUGGGUACUCUGUUGGAAAGGGACAAGAGCAGGGCCAAGGAAGAGGGAACGCAAAAUUUGAAGCCGAGAAUUCUUCUUCCCAAGAUGAAGAGGGCCUGCAACUGCUGUCCUUACUGCUACAGUGCGCCGAGGCUGUUUCAGAGAACAAUAUUGAAGUAGCCAACGCAGUCCUUCCUCAGCUCACAGAGAUGACAACGCCAUACGGAAAUUGCCUGGAGCGAGUAGCAGCUUACUUCGCAGAGGGAAUAUCAUCGCGUGUUGUGAUUUCCUAUUUGGGCGUGAGUUCCUCUGAACAAAGAUCUCCUCUGGUCAGUGUGAAUUACAGCAACAUAUUAGCGGCCUUCCAAGCAUUCAAUGGCAUCUCCCCAUUUGUCAAAUUCUCGCAUUUCACCUCAAACCAGGCCAUUCUGGAGGCCUUUGAGGGUGAGCGUCGGGUGCACAUAAUCGACUUUGAUAUAAUGCAGGGGCUUCAAUGGCCUGCUCUGUUUCAUAUCCUGGCUGCCAGGCCCGGCGGCUGCCCCCAUGUCCGAAUCACCGGCAUGGGAACUUCCAUGGAAGCUCUGCAAGCAACCGGAAAACGGCUUUCUAGUUUCGCUCGCACGCUCAGACUGCCCUUUGAAUUCCACCCAGUUGCCCAGGCCGUCGGGAAAUGUGACCCAGCUUCUCUGGGUGUGAGAAACGGAGACGCCCUGGCCGUUCACUGGCUUCACCAUUCUCUGUACGACGUCACUGGAUCCGAUGUCUGCACGCUCCAUUUACUGCAGCGCCUCAGGCCCAAGGUUAUAACCAUGGUGGAGCAGGACAUUACAAGGACGGGCUCUUUUCUUGAACGCUUUGUCGACGCCUUGCACUACUACUCUGCAAUGUUUGAUUCACUGGGAGCAUGCUUUGCUCCAGAUAACAUGGACAGGCAUUUGGUGGAGCAGCAAUUGUUUUCUCACGAGAUCAAAAACAUCCUCGGCCUUGGAGGACCUGCUCAGAUUGGGGACAUCAAAUUCGACAACUGGAGGACCCAAUUGCACAACUUCGGAUUUCGACAGCUAUCAAUGAAAGGAAACGCUUUUGCCCAGGCACAGCUUUUGUUGAACAUGUUCCCCUGUGAAGGCUUUGGGUAUUCCCUCGUUGAAGAACAGGGUAUACUUAAGCUUGGAUGGAAGGGCUUGCCUCUUUACACUGCCUCCGCCUGGAGUUCCACAUAAUCUUGAAUUGGUGACUCUCAGGGCUUAAACAUUCGAACCAGUCUGUUUGCAGUCCUGAUUAAAACCCCAACUUUUAGAACUGUCACCAUAUCUCUGCACUCCUGACUGUGGUAUUGCAGGACAACAUUCACAUCAUGAAUGCCCUUGAUCCAGCUUGUUAGUAUUGAAUGAUAUCAAAUUUCUGCAAUCUGGAAAUGCUGUUAGAUUCUUUUUGGAUUAGAUUGUGUUAGAUUAUUUAUAUCAACAUUUCGUGAUUCAUUAACAAGAUACAAGAGAGUUAAACA